CCCAAAACGCUUCGGCCGCCCCUGACAUGGAGCAUUCAGACGGGGAUUCCAAUCACGGCCGAUCCCAGCAGCAGUUGCCUCUUCUGACGAGUGGAUGCUGCGUUUAUUCCCCAAACCUGGCUUUCUGCUGCGAGUAAAUCCGUGCACCUGCCAGUGACACCGUCGGAGCAGAGCUCUCUCAUUUGGGAUCUUUCCUUCCGUGUUAUCGCUCCUAUAUUGUCCGCCCGUGUGGGAGAUGCCCGGCUGCUGACGGGCUGCGGGACACAAUGAGGAUUGGCCUCGGUGUCAUCCCGCAGCCCUGCCCGCUCGGGGGCUUUUUUUGGCCUCAGAACGUUAGCUAGCUAACAGAUUCCUUUAUUGACCAGUAAGCCUUGGAUUGUUUCGGCAUGCUAAAGGAUUUCAUGAACAACAGACAGGAGGUUUAUCUUGGCUUGACUGGAGCAAUGCGAAAGGAAGUGCGGCGUCGGAUCGAGCAGGAGAAGCUCCACAGGGCGUCUGCUGGCGUCCGCCAGCUCCAGCGCAAGUUACCGUAGGGUACUACCGCAUGCCUGGCAUACUAGGCUGAAUGGGGGUGAACCCACUUUCCGCGCUGCCACUCGGAGCUUUUGUAAAAAAAAAACAAAAAAACGAAGAGAUGACAUGCACAAGAAAAAAGAGGAAACGCAGCUGUGGGUUCUUUAAACCCUUUGUUUUUUGAAGGGAGUCCGCAACAGGCUUCCGAAAAGACCUUUUUACGAAGAUCUGGACCAUUGACACAGUUGUCAGUACACCGUCAGGUGCUGCUGCCUUUUUCUUAUUUACCACUUGUUUCCAGCUACUCAUCUUUGUGUGAGAGCGGCUGCCAGGUGGAUUCGCUGUAGUCCACAUUUCAUGUGGACUGCAACAGCCUGUCAUAGUGUGGAGGACAAGCAGCCCACAGCAGGCCCCUGGAGAGGAUCAGGAGGGGAGACAACAUAAUACACCAACAAAGGGACUCUGCUCGAAAUGGGGCGAUGUGGAUUGAGGUGUUCCUGUUCUUUGUGAACUGCGGAAAAGAAGCAACCACGAGGACGAAGGAACGAGUAGCCGACGGAGGAGGAGGGGGAGCGGUGGCUUUGGUGUUUAAAGAAACGCUGGUAUGGGUGGGGGGGCAUUCGGGAUGGCUAAUGGUAACGAGAGCAGUGAAGGGCCUGCUGGGCCCUUGGCAGCAGUAGUAGCUACCGCAGAAGGAAUGGUAGCAGAGAGUCCUUCCUCGGCUGUCUCUACCUAUAUCAAACUGGUGCUACUAGGGCUGAUCAUCUGCAUCAGCCUUGUGGGCAACCUGGUGGUGUCUCUGCUCGUACUGCGGGACCGGGCCCUGCAUAAGGCACCUUACUACUUCCUGCUGGACCUGUGCCUAGCAGACACCAUUCGCUCGGCCAUCUGCUUCCCCUUCGUGCUGGUGUCUAUAAAGAACGGCUCGGCCUGGACCUACAGCGUGCUGAGCUGUAAGGUAGUGGCCUUCAUGGCAGUCCUCUUCUGCUUCCAUGCCGCCUUUAUGCUGUUCUGCAUCAGUGUAACACGCUACAUGGCCAUUGCACACCACCGCUUCUACUCAAAGCGAAUGACAUUUUGGACAUGCGUGGCAGUGGUGUGCAUGGUGUGGACACUGUCUGUGGCAAUGGCUUUCCCGCCAGUUUUCGACGUGGGGACCUACAAAUUUAUUCGUGAUGAGGACCAGUGCAUCUUUGAGCAUCGCUACUUCAAGGCUAAUGAUACACUAGGCUUCAUGCUAAUGCUGGCUGUGCUCAUUCUAGCCACACAUGUUGUCUACAUGAAGUUACUUCUGUUUGAGUACAAGCACCGUAAGAUGAAGCCUGUCCAGAUGGUGCCGGCCAUCAGUCAGAACUGGACCUUCCACGGGCCUGGGGCUACUGGCCAAGCAGCAGCCAACUGGAUUGCGGGCUUUGGCAGGGGCCCGAUGCCGCCAACUCUGCUGGGAAUCCGGCAGAACUUGCACAACCAGAACCGGCGCCUAUUGGGCAUGGAGGAGUUCAAAGCGGAGAAACAGCUUGGCAGGAUGUUCUACGUGAUCACCCUGCUAUUCUUGGUGCUCUGGUCUCCCUACAUAGUGGCUUGCUAUUGGAGGGUGUUUGUCAAGGCUUGCACAAUACCACACAGGUACCUUUCCACCACCGUGUGGAUGAGUUUCGCCCAAGCCGGGGUCAACCCUAUUGUCUGUUUCUUCCUUAACAAAGACUUGAAGAAAGGGCUCCUUUCCCACCUACCAGCCUGCUGCAGGACUAAACCUCAUCUGCCACGAGAGCCUUAUUGUGUCAUGUAAGCAGAGAUGAUGAUCUAAACAUGGAGAAAUAACAAGGGACAGGCAACAGCUGUGUUUGGGGAGUGUUUGCUUGAGCUAUUGUGGCGUUUGAUUAAAUGCAAGCUACUUGUAAGCAGUGGGUGUAAACUAGUGAGUGUAAUGGUUAAAACACUGGAAUGGUAAGCAUGUAUUUCCAUCUACCAACCCCUUUUCACUUAAAACAACAGCAUACAUGGAGUCAGACCUGGACUUUUGAUAACAAGAGAAAAAUUACUUUAAUAGCAAAACAUGCAGGUAAUAAUGCCGUCAUUGGGGAAACCAAGCCAGACAGAACAGCCACAUACAAAUUACAUAAGUGCUUCAAUGAGAAUAUAUAAAUUGCCAAUUAGAAAAAAAUCUUGGAUUGACACAAAAGAUAUGACUUAGUUUUGGUGACAAAAGAUGAAAAGAGGACAAAGAAGCAACGUUUCUAGACUAAAUCUAAAUUUCACUAACAUGUCGGAUAGGGAUGUCACUAGAACCAAUACUUUGGUACCAAGUCAAUAACAAAAUUCUGAACAGCCGACUGUACUUUCUACAGUACCGCAUGUAUCGAAAUGAAAUUCUUCCGGACCUGACCCAGGCAGCAUAUACGCUACAAGUGUUCUUGUCUGCCGUUAAAUGCCAAAGAAGAACAAAGCCAACCAAUACGGAAGAACGGUGAAUAGCCCCUCAUCUCAGUACACACUCUGAUCGCUUGACUGCAUGAAUGUAUUAUUAUUAUUAUUAUUAUUAUUAUAAGACCUGGAUACAUUGUCAAGGCAGGGCCCCUUACAUUCCUAUUGGAGUUGCACAGUGAUGAUAAAGCCAUCAUGGAGCCAAAACCACAUAUAACCACACUGCUUCCGCACUGUGCGGCCCAUAGAGCAGGCGCAUUAGAGACCUCCGCUGGCCGAGCCGGCUACUUUCUGUUUAGCGCUCCGCUAAUUUGAAUGGGUAUUAAAUGAUUUAAUCAUGCUGUUCUUCUAGACUUUCCAAAUGUUAUCGGACCGAAUGGAUCAAAUUCUGAAAGUGAAACGAGUCAUUUCGAAGGGGCUGUGACCCUCGAAAUGUUUUACCCACUGAUUUACAGACGUCGCUUACUCCAUGUAAGACUAUGGGGGAAAAGGUGUUUUUGGGCCAACGGGCAUCACAUGACGGGGCAGGAGUUGUAAUUCCACUGUUCUACAUCUACGGCGAUGGCUUUCACAAGUUCACCUGGAACUCCCACACUGCGAGUAAGUCGGUUUCUCUGUGCCGUUGUUUUUCCCAUAGACGAUAGCAGACAUUAGCUAACGUUAGUGCUUGUUCCAGCAGACCUCUGCCAGACUAGCAUAACGUCAGUUAACUUUAACUGGCCCGGUUCAGUUGGAAAAUACAAUGGCAGAGAGAAACAGACUUUACUUUACAUAUCAAUGUUUGGGAGUUUCAGGUGAACUAAUGGAAGACAUUACCGUAUGCUAGCUGUCGGGUGAUGCCAGGCCUUAGAACAGGCUGUUGGUCUAGAAGACCCCCCCCCCCCCCUUAACCACCGCAAAACAGUGACAGGAAAAAAAAUGAUUUAAAAGAAAAAAAUGACACUGAACAAAGUGUUAUCCUUGUUAUCCUUAUCCUAAAAUACACAUUAUAAUAGGAGUGUAUGUAUAAGUACAUGGGUUUUGUUUUAGUUUUUUACUGUGGUAUCAAAUUGGGUGUUGAGAAUCGUGGAAUUUUGCUGGAAAUGACAUCCCUAAUGUUGGAUUAGUUACAAAAGGUCCCCAGGCAGAGUUAAACCAGGGAUGUUGCUGUUGACAUCUUAACCCAUAAGCCACCUAUUUCAUUAGUUUAAAUUUUGGUACUUGACAAAAUUGUUUCACGGGUCCAUGACACAGCACUCUAUCCAAAGAGGGUCUCUUUUUGUUCAGUUUUUUAGCCACGUAGAGACAUUUAAAAAGGACGAUCUUAAAAGGCAGGGUUGGUAAAGUUGUGAAGCUAGCAAAUUUUGAAAGUAGCAUCUCCUCUGGGCUCCGUC